UAAUAAUUACCCACUCACACAGCGGAAACUCGCCCGUGUCCGAGCUCGAUAGAGAUCUCCCAUGGCGAAGACGAAGACGAAGACGAAGACGAAGACGACGACCUCUUCGUCCCCGGAUCCACCCACUUCCUCCUCCCUCUUCCCAUGGUCGUCGUCGUCCCCGAGUCUCGCAACUCCCACGGUGCUCCUCAUCUCCCUCUUCGCCUUCCUUGUCCGCGUCCUCGUCUCCCUCGGCCCUUACUCGGGCGAGGGGACGCCCCCCAAGUACGGCGACUACGAGGCCCAGCGCCAUUGGAUGGAGAUCGCCCUCCACCUCCCCCCCUCCGAUUGGUACCGCAACUCCUCCGCCAACGACCUCUCCUACUGGGGCCUCGACUACCCCCCGCUCUCAGCGUACCAGAGCCGCGCCCACGCGCUCCUCCUCAACGCCACGAUCCCCGAAUCCGUCGCCCUCGGCGCAUCCCGCGGAUUCGAAUCCAAACCCUCGAAGCUGCUGAUGAGGUGGACGGUGCUUUCCUCGGAUCUGAUCGUGUUCUUUCCCGCCGCUCUCUACUUCGUGUGGGUGUAUAGGCGUGUUUUUGUUGGUGGUGGAGUUUGUGAUCGAGACGGGGGUUCAGUGUUGUGGCUCCUUGCAAUGAUUCUGCUCAAUCCGUGUUUAAUUCUCAUUGAUCACGGGCAUUUCCAGUAUAAUUGCAUCAGCCUGGGACUAACACUUGGAGCCAUUGCUGCUGUCCUGUCACAAAAUGAGCUUGCGGCAUCUGCUCUCUUCACUCUUGCAAUCAAUCACAAGCAGAUGAGCUUAUACUUCGCACCAGCAUUUUUUAGCCAUCUUCUGGGGAAAUGCCUUAAGCGUCGAUUUCCAGUUAUUGAAGUAACGAAACUGGGUGUUGUGGUAUUGGCAACAUUUGCACUUGUCUGGUGGCCUUAUUUGCAUUCUCUGGAAGCUUUUAUUGAGGUUCUUUCUCGGUUAGCUCCCUUUGAAAGGGGCAUUUUCGAGGACUACGUUGCCAACUUUUGGUGUAGCACCUCAGUUUUUAUCAAGUGGAAGAGAUUGUUCUCGGUCCAAUCACUAAAACUUCUGAGUCUUUUCACCACUAUCCUAGGCUUUUUGCCUUCAUUAGUUCAGCAAGUGAAAUCUCCAAGCAAUCUCGGCUUCCUCUACUCUCUGUUAAAUAGCUCCUUUUCUUUCUUUCUAUUUUCUUACCAAGUGCACGAGAAGUCUAUAUUGCUGCCUCUUUUGCCCGCGAGCCUUUUAGGGCUACAAGAACCUCAGCUUUAUGGGUGGUUCGUUUAUUAUGCCCUUUUCUCGAUGUACCCUCUUCUUCGCCGCGAUCGACUUAUUUUACAAUACAUAGCUGUUCUUGCUCUUUUUGGUCUUAUUUUCCACUCCCCUGAUCGAAGUCGUGGCACGAAGACAAGCAGAUUUUAUACAAGAAAAGAGCUUUUGGCCCUUCCAUUGUUUUUCUCCAUCAUACUACAUUUUGUCUAUGUAAUUACGCAGCCUCCGGAGAAGUAUCCUUUCCUAUUUGAAGCCAUGAUUAUGUUUCUUUGCUUUUCUCAGUUUGUGAGUUUAGUUAUGUACACCAAUAUUAGGCAAUGGACGCUAUCAGAAUCCUUUUCUUUGUCAAUGAGAGCAAAGAAGCAUAUUUGAUUUGAUAUUUUACGCACAAUUUUCAU